CCUUCUCUCAGACUCUACUCUCAUCAGCACACUACUUUCUAUCUGAAUUCAGUUGAAUCUUGAAAAUACAAAAUCAUGGCUGAUCAUCAACCAAGAACUGCAGGUCCCUACUAUGGUUCCUCCCAUGGAACCUCCUAUGGACCACCCUAUGGAAAUACCAAUGAGUCCAACACCAGCAGCUACAACAACUCUGCUUCACGUCAAACGGUCAGGUUCAUAACUGCUGUUACUAUUGGCAUCUCACUCUUGCUCUUGGCUGGGUUGAUCUUCACAGGUAUUGUCAUAGGGUUGAUAGUUGCAACUCCCCUUCUUGUGAUCUUCAGCCCCAUCCUUGUCCCAGCAGCAUUUGUGUUGUUCCUAGUUACUUCCGGAUUUAUGUUCUCUGGCAGCUGUGGUGUGGCUGCCAUUGCUGUUUUGUCUUGGAUUUACAACUACGUGUCUGGGAACCAUCCUGCAGGUUCUGAUACUCUUGACUAUGCAAAAGGGUACCUUGCUGAUAAGGCAAGGGAUGUGAAGGAGAGAGCAAAGGAUUAUGGAAGCUAUGCUCAGGGUAAAAUUCAGGAAGCUACGCAGGGAGCUUAUUAAUCAUACAUGCUUAUGCAUGUUUGUAUGAGGCUGAACUGAAUGGAGGGAAGGGUUACCCUUGUGGAUGUGCAAUGCUUAUGUAUCUAUAAUGUUUAAUUGAAGAGACCCUUGUGAAUGUGCAUGUUCAAGUUCUGCUGUUAAUUUGAAUUUUGUUUGUAGCGUUCAGUGUUGUUUUGCUUUUUGUAUGUUGUUUGUUUUGAGGAGCUAUUGGAGCUAAAUCUCUCACCUUAUUUUAGUUAUAUUCGUGUAAUCAUUAUCAUCUAAAUAAAUCUCUUCUGCAACUAUAUCAGUAGUUCCUCCUCUUCAAAUGUCAUGGUUGCUUCCUCA